AGAAAGCCUAUUGAAGACGACACCGUGGAUAUAAAUUUUUCACUUUUCAUUUGGACGUGAUCUUGUUCUCCCCGUAUCUCUGAUCCUGACACAGGACGAUGUCCUGGCUUAUUGAUUCCUAUCGGACCUUCAGAGGCUACUUAUGGUCAGACUGGUUCUGGCUACCGCAUCCUGUCACCUGGGCUGAAGUUCAAACAUACAGCAAGGGAUACGAGAUUCCCUCCUUUCUUAAAAGGUGUCUCCUUGUUGCAUCUGUCCUAUCUGUUCUCCGUUAUGUUCUCACUCAGUAAGUACCUGGUUACUAUUCGAACGCUCAUCUCACUUCUUCAGUUUCAUAUUUGUCCCACUGGGACAACAUUUCGGGCUACGACUACCCAACCGAUCAUCCGUAUCCCCGAAUGCGCUGCUUGAGAGCACCUUUUCAAAAACACGCAGACCCUCAAGGGAAACUAUUCAGGUAUUUUGUACACGCCAACUCUGCUUUAUAUCUCACGAUAGGAAAUGUCCGAGGCUUUAAAUAUGGACCCAAAGAUAGUGGAAUUUUGGUUUCAUAAAAGAAGGAAUUUGAGUAAAACUCCUGUGAUUUUAAAGUUUUCCGAGUCAGGGUGGAAGUUUUGUUUUUACACGACCAUGUUUUUCUACGGGGUCUAUGUUCUUCAUGAUAAAGACUACUUGUAUGACACCAGCUUGACCAUAAUCGGUUAUCCAAAACAUUAUAUGCCUUCAGAGAUCCAUUGGUACUAUGUGAUUGAACUUGGCUACUAUCUGUCCGAACUAUUCUGGGUCUUCUACGGCGUACGUCGUUCUGAUUUUAAAGUGCUUGUCGUUCACCAUAUGGCAACGAUCGGUCUUUUAUCCUUCUCCUACAUGACCAAUCAUCAUCGUAUCGGAGCUAUCAUUCUCGGACUUCAUGACAUUGCCGACUGUUGGAUGGAGAGUGCGAAGAUGUUCAAAUACCUGAACAGGCACCGUUUUGCUGAGGUGUUAUUUUCUAUUUUCGUUGGAGUUUGGAUCAUCACUCGAUUAACCUAUUUUCCCUUCUGGGUAAUUCACGCAGUGUUCAAAUAUGGUUAUCCCGAAAGUGGAAUUUAUCCUGUCUACGCGCUCAUCGUCGGAUGGCUUUUACUGCUACAGUUUAUGCAUGUCUACUGGUUUUAUCUGAUCAUGAAUAUCGUACUGCAGCUAAAAACGAAGGGCGAAGCUACGCAAGAUUGCAGGAGCGACAGCGAAACAUCAGAUGAGCUUGCCUAUGCGAAUGGGUCACAUUCUCCCUUAGAAGCGAAGGUCAAUGGAUUCGUCCUACCCGAUCUCAGAGAGGGGGAUCAGACGCUGUCUCAUCGCACGCCCACAGAGUUCGUCAAGUAGAUCACACCUAUUGAAAACCAUCCAUCUAGCAACUUUCACACAUCCGAACCCGUUCAGGACGCUACAUAUCAGUACUCUGCCCGCAUCCAUACGGAGGGCGUGACGUGCGAAAACUUGCUAGCUCAAAAAAUACCCAUGAUGCCAAUGUGAAACAGUGUAUCUUUUCUUCCCCUUUUACGAUCGCAUAGGCUUUCUAUCCCCCUUUGUGUUUCUGGGCUGUGACUUUUAAACCAACUUAUUUUGGCGGACCAACCGACGCAUGUGGAUUUAUUAUUGUCCCGCUAGCUCAGUUUUUUUUCGCGCAGUUUGUGCACUGUUUACAAUGGCCAGCAGCAUAUCCUCUUUUUCCCUUUCUACCCGCUACACUUCAAGACGUAUUGUACUCUCUUGUUGCAUUCCGGACCGUAUCAAACACCUUCGGGAACCCUAGUGAUGUUGGCAACAUCGGAACUAUCAACUUCACAGUUGUCUUUACGCCUCGAUUAUCUUUUUUUGCCCGAUACAAUAUAGUUCAGGUUGUGAAUCCUUGUAAAACGAUAAACAAAACGCCUGACAUUUAUUACUGUAUACCAGAACAACUUCAAAUCAGAGACCUGUCCGGCAAGGACAAGUCGGCUGUAUCUGAAAUUAUAUGAUUUUUUUCGUAAAACUCAUGCUUGCCCU